CUCGAUUUUUUUAAAAACUAUUAACAACCGCAGAUCAAUUAAACUGCCGAUUCCAGCGGGGCGUUGGCUCACUCUGGGUGAGGGUGGGUUCGUAGAGUUCGUCCGUGUCACUCGGCGCGUGUGGUAAAAGGAGAAAAGACGGGAGUGAGGCCUCCCGAGCCGGCCUGAGCUCUAAUUAUCAACCCCGGGGGCGCUGCUGGGAUGGAGGGAGAAGGGAAGUGCAUCUAAAAAAAGCCUGAUCACACCCCGCGGUGCAAGCUGCUGCUACGACACCGAUUUAGAACCAGUGGAAUUUUACAAACAAGGCACACGGAUCUAACUGAACUCGGGUUAGCUGUGUGUGUGUGUGUGUGUGUGUGUGUGUGUGUGUGCUUUCGUCGUCGUAUCUUAACGACCAGAGUGAGGCGGCUAUCUUGCGCUCCGUGUCGUCGCAUAACACUCUUGAUGAUAAACCGGCCAAGAUGAUGUAAUCGCGUUUACCAGCUGAAGAGACGCUCCACGUGUUCGCCUAAUGGAAACGGGUGCACCGUAACCACGUGGACGCAUUUGUUUAAGUUCAAGUUCACGUCGGUAUCCUGGAUUGUCGUUCCAGAUCAGCUGAUCGGGGAGGGGGGGUUUCGGUUUCUGAAUUUGGAUCCUUUAAAGUAUUAUAUUCUGCAGCCAGAGAAAGACGGGACUCUCGAGACGGCGGCACACACAACAACCGGCUAACCUCGCCUCCAACGCCAUGCGCAUCUGACACGCGACGACCGAGGGCCGGGCGGGCUUUGCUGAGGAUGAUGAACGGUCUUGUGCGCUGAAGCUAGAUGGUGUGGGAAUGAUGGACCUCCCCAAUGGCCGGUCGAGCAUCAUCACCACCACCGCUGCAACGCUCUCCGAGAAGAGCAGCAGCGCCGAGUCUCUCAGCGAUAAGGGCUCUUCGGACCUGAAGAAGAGUUUUGACGCCGUUGUGUUCGAUGUGCUGAAGGUCACUCCCGAAGAAUAUGCAGGUCAGAUCAUGCUCAUGGAUGCUCCUGUGUUCAAAGCCAUCCAGCCAGAGGAGCUGUCGAGCUGCGGCUGGAACAAGAAGGAGAAACACAGCUCCGCCCCAAAUGUCGUGGCCUUCACUCGCCGGUUCAACCAGACGAGUUUCUGGGGGGUACGAGAGAUCCUCCACGCUCAGACGUUGAAGAUCCGAGCGGAGGUGCUGAGUCUGUACAUUCGCACCGCCAAGAAACUGUGCGACAUGAACAACCUCCAUGCGGUCAUGGCUGUGGUGUCGGCGUUGCAAAGUGCCCCCAUCUUCAGGCUGGCCAAAACGUGGGCGUUGCUGAGUCGUAAGGACAAGGCGACGUUCGACCGGCUCGACUACCUGAUGUCCAAAGAGGACAACUACAAGCGUCUGAGGGACUUCAUAAGCAGCCAGAGCAUGGUCUCCUGCAUCCCAUACCUAGGGAUGUACCUGUCGGACCUGACCUACAUCGACUCGGCCUACCCCUCCACGGGCAGCAUCCUGGAGAACGAGCAGAGGUCGAACCUGAUGAACAACAUGCUCCGGAUCAUAUCGGACCUGCAGAGGUCCUGUACCUACGACGUCACGGUGUUGCCUCACGUGCAGAAGUAUCUCAACUCGGUGCGCUACAUCGAGGAGCUGCAGAAGUUCGUGGAGGACGACAAUUACAAGUUGUCUCAGAAGAUCGAGCCGGGCACCUGCACGCCGCGAGCCAACGCCCCCAAAGACGAUCUCGUGGGCCAGGAAGCGUCGGCGUCUCCUCUCUGCGGCCGCAAAUGCACGAUAGCGGCCGAGGGAACCAAAGUCCCGGCCACGCCGCCCUCCCCCAGGAACCUGCUGCCCUACGGACACCGGAAGUGCCACAGCUUGGGCUACAAUUUUAUCCACAAGAUGAACACAGUGGAGUUUAAAAGUGCCACGUUCCCCAACGCCGGUUCUCGCCACCUGCUGGACGACAGUGUGAUGGAGAGCCACAGUCCCACCAGGGGCCAAGCGGAGAGCUCAACCCUGUCCAGUGGCAUUUCACUUGGGAGCAGCGAGGGCUCCGAGCUCAGCGAAGAGGUGUCCUGGCCGGCGUUCGAGAGGACUCGGUUCUAUCACUCUCUGGGCCCGGUGACCCGCGUGGCACGCAUCCCCUACAGAGGAGUCCUGAGGUCCAGCAGCUCAGCGGAGUCGGAGGAGCUCGCGGUGCACUUGUAUCCCGGAGCGGUCACGGUGCAGGGGGUGUUGAGGAGGAAGACGGUGCUCAAGGAGGGCAAGAAACCAACCGUGGCGUCGUGGACCAAGUUCUGGGUCGCUCUUUGCGAAACGCAGCUCUACUACUACCCCGCCAAGUCCCUGAAGGCCACGGAGAGGAAACACUUCAAGUCCACGUCCAGUAAGAGCGUGUGUGUGGUGGGACUGAUGGCCAUCAUGGCCGACGACCCCGAACAUCCCGACGUCUUCUUGCUGACGGACUCCGAGCAGGGUAACACCUACAAGUACCAAGCAGGGAACCGGAUGAACGCGCUGCUGUGGUUCAAACAUCUGAGUGCUGCCUGUCAGAGCAACAGGCAACAGGUGCCAGCCAAUCUGAUGUCAUUCGAGUGACCGACACUGAGGAGUGUGACUGAGCAAAGAGGAGAGGAGGAAGGAGAGGAGAGGAGGAAGGAGAGGAGAGGAGGAAGGAGAGAAGGGGGAGGAGGAGGAGUGUUGUAUCAGUAGUGGGAGCUUUCACUGCCAUGAGCCCUGACCGCCGAUUCUCAGAUUCUCAGCCCCGGCCACCACUGCCUUAGUAGCCAGAGGUGUGUGCGUGUGCGUGUGCGUGUGCGUGUGCGCGUGCGCGUGCGUGUGUGUGUGUGUGUGCGCGCGCGCGCGCGUGUGUACCAUGAACUGCACCACUGCUCUCGUCUCCAUUUGCUCUCAGCGUCUUUGUUUUUACGCUCCUUUUCUCUCUCCUACACUCUACUCUCUCCUCCUCCUCUCUCUCUCCUCCUCCUCUCUCUCCUCUCUCCUCCUCUCCUCCUCUCUCUCCUCCUCCUCCUCUCCACUCUCCUCUCUCGCAGACAGACUGUGGUCCUCUCCUCCAUUUAUCUUCAUUUUAAGGGGUCGACUCUUUUUAGUCGCCACCGUUCUCAAUCGCAAGAUCUUUUCUUUUCUUUUUUAUUGACACACAAUCACAUCGAACUACAAACGUACCCACUCACUUCACGUGUUGGUCUUGGAGUCACGGGCUGCUCUCACUCUCACUCUCACUCUCACUCUCACUCUCACUCAUAUUCGACGCGUCGACGUCGAGGGCUCUGAUUCGCUAUCGAUCCAGCUGAGACGAUUCCCACACUUCCUGAUUGUGUCUCGUUCUUAUGAAAGGUCUCUCUCUCUCUCUCUCUCUCUCUCUCUCCUCAUAUACUUGCCAAGUGUUCGUCCGUAUGUGUGUGCUUGUUUAUCUGCGUUGGGUGGGGGGGGGUGGAGACGCACAUACUUGCUUAUAUUCCUCGUGUUCCCCAAAGGUACGAUCAUCCCAGAGUUUAAGCUAACGAGAGUUCAUCCUUUUAUAUAUUCUUAUUUUAUUUUUUUUCUCCAGGGUUGUGCUCUCUGUUUCACCAGACUCACACACACACACACACACACACACACACACACACACACACACACACACUAAACACUAAAAGACUUGAAACUGUGAAAGAGGCGACGAGAACUUCCAGUCCGUGAUGUGAUCUCUUCUUCCGGUUGCUCGAUUGUGUUCUGGAGCUCUACUUUAAAUCUGGUUUUGUGUUGUUGUUGUUGUUGUUGUUUUCCUGUUUUGGGUGCAUUACACAGUAUUACCACGUAGUAAACGAUCGCACGUCUGUGUAGUUUUGUCUGUUGAAUUUGAAUGUUACAUAUUUGUGGUGUGUUUUUUUUUUAAUGUUCUCCUUUUGGAGCAGUUACAUUGUAUCUUUUAUGUAUUCUUUUUUUUUUGUUGCCCCUCGUUCUAUCAACCAGGACCCGGCUUCAUUUUAGACCUCUUCCAUAGAGGGUUAUAAUUAGUGCCAAGUGUGUGUGGGGGGGGGGGGGGAGAGCGGAGCUGGAAUCGGACCGCCGAUGUUUUUCACGGUGCCACAAACGGCCGUUUCUGUCUCUUCGUUGAGUCCAAACGGGAUCUGGAGGAUUUGAGAUGACGAUGACGGGAAGAUUGUUUUCGCCCAGAAAUAUUCAUCAAAUUCUUCUUCUUUUUUUUUCUUUUCUUUUUUUGUUAAACAGCUGUUUACAUUGUAUGUUUACGCAAUCUUUUUGCCCCAUAAAUCCCUUCAACGCUGGAGAGUAUUGGCCGGAUAUGUUUUUGAGCUCAUUGGGUUCCAAGGUGUCGACGAGGAGACGGUGAACGUGUCCGCCGCUUCAAGAACAAACCGAGACGAAAGACAAUGACGUGAAGACAAUGACGUGAAGACAAUGACGUGAAGACAAUGAGGAGCCCUUAAAGGGACGCCGACUAAAGGACGGAUGGUAGCGGAGGAACCAGUGGACGAGUGGACGAGGAAGCCAAAGACGGGCACUGCUGCUCCUCAGUGUGACUCCACGACUAGAGAAGUGUGUGAAGGAAGGGACUCGAGAGCAGAUGAGGACGGGGGGCUAAAAGGGUCUGGAUGAAAUGGGGGGGGGGGGGGGUUUAGAGGUUGUUUACCUGUGUGGAGCUUAAACCUGCAGUCAUUUUGGUUCAGUUAAAAGGACGGUUCACCCCAAAAGUCCACUGAAUUGAAGAUGAUCCGCGGACCUCGUCCCGAGCCUCUCGUCCACGUGGGCGCGUGUAGUUCGGUGGAAAGAAAGUAGUUCCCCUGCAGGGAAAACCCACUCGCAACGAGGUCUGUGGAUCAUCUUCAGGAAGAGUAUUAGUUUUUUAUACUCUCCCAUUUAUACUCUCACCAAAACAAUUACAAAUGCUAAAUAGAUUAAUUGGGAAGAAAAAUCUAAAUUUUGGGAUGAACUGUCCUUUUUUUAAAAAGCAUCUCCAUCCCGUGUCCCUUCUUUCUGCUUUAUUUGAUGGGAGGUUCCUUUGAAUGAAUUUGUGUUUAACGGUCUUUUCCCAUCGAGAACCAUCAUGUCGUCACGUUCCCGUCUUUUUUGUCAUUUCUGUACAGUGUGUGUGGUCAAAAUAAUGGGAACGCACGUUUGAUUUGUAUUUUAUUUGCGGUUGGGUGUUUUUAGCCGACUCAUUUCUCAGAUUGACCCCCCCGGCGAUCACCUGUUUUUGGGGUGAAAGGGGAGAGUUCAAAGGUCAGAUUUUUGGUUUAUUGCAAAGAAACUUGUUUUCUGUGGUGUCGUUUCCCUUUAGAAUCGACCCCCCCCCCCCCCCCCUCCUUUGAAUCUGCCUUCAGAAUGAAUUCUCUUUAUUUUUAACAGUCGAGAUGAAGGUUCUCGACCGGAGGAAAAAGUGUUUUUCAGUGCGUUUUUGUCUUCAGAUUUUUUUGUGAAAUAUCAAAUGUGAAUCUGGACGGGCGUCAUUCGCCGAAGGGCGACGAAGGUGAUGUUUAAAUGACCUUUGACCCUCACGCCCUUUAGCCUGGCUCUGUGUGUGUGUGUGUGUGUGUGUGCCUGUGGCGAGCGCUGUGACCUCAACACUGAGUGAUGCGCUGCCUGGUGUGAAGACUGAACCAAUAAACACUCUGCCCUUUUUUACUCCA